GUAAAAACAAAGUUACGAGUACCCGGUGGAAUCUGGGAUAGGAGAAGAUACAGUGCACAGAUACACACACCGCACAGAGACUCAGAGAGAGAAUCUAAAAGUCACUCACUCGCCACAAACGCCGUAACUUCAUAUUUUCAUUGAUACGAUUUUGUGGCCUUAACGAAAUUUCUCAAUACAUCCUAAUCCUUGUGUUUCUAUCUUACCCUCUAAACGCGAUCUCUUCUUGUACUGAAACUCCACACGCCCCUUCACUUAUUUUUUUGUUUUUGUCGAGUGUUCCCCACAAGAAUCAACCAAUCAUGCCGUCAGGUUCCAGAAGGAGGAAAGCUGCUGCUAGGAAAAAGAAGGAACAAGGGACUUCCAACAACAACAACACCAGCUCUUCAACUGAUAACAACAAUAAUAGCAACAUUUCCGGCAAUAACGAUCCCAAAAGCCAAGAUGAGAGGGAGAGUGAUGGCGGUGAGGUUAAUUCCCCGAUGUCUCAGCAGCAUCCAUUUAAAGAAGAGAGCGAAGAAUUGGAGACGAGGGAUCCUUCACCUGUUCGAUCACUUGUCUCUGACAACAAGUCCAUGGAGGAAGUUUCUGGAGAUGUAGGACAUGCCGAUAUAGUAGAAAUAGAUGAUGGUGGUGCUAUUAAAGUGGAAGGGGAAUUGAAAUCUGAGGAGGACUUGGAGAGCCAAAUUAUUGACAUUAAGCUGAAGGAGUCAAAUGAUAGGAGUUCUAGCAGUAGUAGUAGUAGUUCAGAUGAUGAAUCUCAAGUGGGUGAGAAGAAAACCGAGGAGGUUGCCUACGGUUCAGUUUCUGAAGCAUUAUCACUUAAUGGAGAAAAUAAGCCAGUUGAGUCUGCCUAUGCUUCAAUUUCAGAAGUAAUUUCACAUAAUGGAGAGAAUAAGCCAGUUGAGUCUCUUCUGGAAGAAGUGAUUCAGAUUACUGAAAAGGCAUCAUUUAAGGAGGUUGAUAAGUUAGUUGUUGAUGCAGUUACUACUGUUGAUUCUGUUGAGCCUUUGGCAGCUGUGACGGAGGUGAAUUCUGUUACAGAAAGUGAUACUAUCGUUCCUGAUUCAGUAGAAACUAGGUUGAAGGAAAUUGAAGAAUCAAAGAGAAGUGAAGACAAAGUUUUUCCCACAUCAGAGGACAAUGUUGGGGCACCUUCUACUGUGGUGGAAUCUAUAGCACCUUUGACUGUUGAUGCGGUUACUACUGUUGAUUCUGUUAAGCCUUUGGCAGCUGUGACUGAGGAGCUGAAUUCUGUUGCACAAAGUGAUACUAUUGAGAAUUCUUUGGUUCCUGAUUCAGUAGAAACUAGGUUGAAGGAAACUGAAGAAUCAAAGAGAAGUGAAGACAAUGUUUUUCCCAUAACAGAGGACAAUGUUGGGGCACCUUCGACUGUGGUGGAAUCUAUAUCAAAUGGAAAGGAGAGUAAGGUUUUACCCUCUUCAGAACCCCCGAUUGCAGAAACUAGUUACAGUGCAGAAUAUAUAAGAGAUUCCGAAAUUCCCGACUCUUCGGAAAAGCAGCCUUUUUUUGGUUCUGCUCCACAAGCAGCAGAAAGAACAUCCUGGAUGAGUUGCUGUGGAUUGCUUGAUGUGCUAACAGGCUCCAGUAGAUAAGUCAGCAGGGACAAAGCACAAUGAGGUUUCAAUGGACCAGGAGCAUGUGAUGGAUGGGAAGGAGGUGGUUUGUAGAUCUUGUGAUAAUUCAAAUGAAAACCAUCCAAAGGUUUUUCUUAAGAAUAAUAGGACAAGGGACCUAAAUGGACAACAAUUAUAUGAUUACCUUAGUGAUAAACAUGGGUAGACAAUUACUCAAUGUCCCUAGCUUUCGCUACAGUUUCUCUUUAAAUUUAAUUUUGCAGUGUUGUGUUUUCUUGGUGUAUGUUGUAUCUAUUUCCUUUACCAUUGGGUUGUGCGGAUUUGUGACCUUCAAAUUACACAUUUUACUAUGAGACCAGUGCUUUCGAAUUUGUUAGA